AUGUCUUCAGUUCCCACGCACUUCAUCAUUAUCAUCGACGGCCAACACGUAGCCAAGCCAGAGGAUGACCGUGAUGAAACCCGUCCUGCUCAGGUUGGAGAGAAACCAGCUACCUUUGAGCUUGAUGGAAACCACCUCAUAAGUGGUGAUUGGGCCCUGGGCUUGAGAAAGCUUGAAGGUCAUGUCACUAGUACCAGAGCGCCUUAUCUGGCUAUUUGCUGGUUCAAAAAGGACCAGGCAGAGGAGCUCUAUCCUGUCUAUGUGAUGGAAGGGGGUGAUGGGCCUCAGCUCCGGUUUGCAUUGAGCUCUGAUGAUGAGGAAGGACGCCCCUUGGCUGUUCGGAACCAGCAGCUUCUCUGCUAUACCUCGGAUAAUUCCGAACCUAGUGCGACUGUCAAGAUCGUGCCUAGCCAGGACUAA